GAAAAAAAUGAGAAGAUAAUAUUUAAUUUAAUGAAAGCAAUAUUGUUAUUAGUUCUUGCAUGCACAGCAUUAGCAACAACAGAGACAGAAUACAUUUAAUUGAUUCAUAAGAUUGAUGCAACACCAUUUGGAAGAACAUUAUUUGAUACAAUUUAUUUGUAAUUAGAAACAGGAGAUCCCUUAGACAGAUUACUAAAUACCUUAUCAGACUUAGAAGAUAGAUAUUAAUAAGAAUAAAGAGAAGAUGAUGCUGAGAAUAGAGAAUUCUAAGAUUCAUGCAACGUUGACAUUUCAGCCUAUGAUAAAGACAUUGCCAACACAGAUUCAGAAAGAAUCUCUAUGGAAGCAAGACUUGAAGGUGAUUUAUAUCCAAGAAGAGCAAUUAUUACUGGAUUAGUCACAGCAAAGAAAGCAGAAGUCAAGGGUAUUAAAUGAGUUAAUAUAUUUGUAGGUUAUUAAAAAGAAAUAGAUGAAUUAGAUGCUGAAAGAGCUGCUUAACAUUAAGAAUUUGAAGAAAUCGCUGCUGAUCAUAACACUGCAAUUGCUGUUUUGACUGAAGCAAGAAAUAUUAUUAAAGCAAAUGUUGAAGCUACAUCAUCAUUAGUUUAAAAGAAGGCUACUUAAUAAGUUAAAGAAAUUUCAUAAGAUCAUAUUUCAUUAUUCUAAAAACAUAUUAAAGAAUCAUAAAGAAAAUUAUCACAUUCUAAACACAUGUUGAGAUAUGUUCCUGUUAUGAAAUUGUUGAGUUAAAUUGCAAGCAAAGCUAAGUUUGAUGAUAGCACUAUUUAAAAGUAAAAUACUAAUUAAAUUUCUUAGGGUUAUUGAUCUCUUCGAUAAAUUAAUUAAUGAAGUUAGUGAUUCAUUGAGUUUAUAAAGAUUUGCAGAAGACAAGAGAGUUGAAAAUUAUAAUAAAACUAGAAAAUUCUUAGUUAUUGCUCUUACAGUUGCUGGAUCAGAAUUAGCUAAUGCUGAAAGUGAUUUUGCAAGUGUUUCAGAUAUCAUCAGAUAAGUUGAAGCUUCUUUGGAAAAUACCAAUUAAAGACUUGAAUUACUUCAUGAAAGAAGAACAGAUAGAUGGACCUAAUGUGAAGAAGCUGCCAAAGAUUAUGCUGAUGCUAGAUCUGCUAGGUAAUGAUAUUUAAUUAAAUUAACAAAGAGAUGCAGAUAGACAAGUUGUUUCUGAUACAAUUGGUUUAGUCAAUAAAGCCUUAAGAACUCUUAGAGAAUAACUUGCCUUAAGACAAGCUGCUGGAGAUAAGAUUUGAUAAAUAUGAAAAGCAUCGAUUAAUAUUAA